AUGGCCGGUCUCACCGCCGGCAUCUACUCAGCCCGCCACGGCCUGAGCACCGCCAUCGUUGAAGAAAUGAUGGCCGGCGCUCAGAUUAUCAACCUGGAGCGCAUCGAGAAUUUCCCCGGCUUCCCCCAGGGCAUCGCCGGCUACGAACUCGGCCCGUCAACCCAGGAACAGGCCAUGGACGCCGGCGUGGAAAUCCUAAUGGACACGGUUACCGACGUGAACGCCAACGGUGACUACCUGCAGGUGGUUGGCGACGGCGGCAGCACGUAUCGCGCCAAGGCGGUCAUCAUGGCAGCCGGCUCCUCUUUGCGCACCCUCGGCAUCCCAGGCGAGGAAGAAUUCAACGGACGUGGCGUUUCUCACUGCGCCACCUGCGAUGGCCCAAUGUACAUGGGGCAAACCGUCGCGGUCGUGGGCGGCGGCGACUCCGCAGCCGACGAAGCCCUCACCCUCACCGACUACGCCGACCGUGUCAUCCUGUUUCACCGCGGCGACGCGCUGGACUCCCAGAGCGUUUUGCAGGAACGCAUCGCCGCCUCCGGCAAGAUCGAGGUGCGAUACAACACCGAAAUCGUUGAGGUGCUGGGCGAAGACGCGGUAACUGGCAUUCGCGUACGUUCCGCCGACGGCGAGACGGUGGAGCCGGUGCAUGGCCUGUUCGUGUACGUCGGUUUGAAUCCCAACUCGGCGCCCAUCGCCAACCUGGUUCCGCUGGACAACUCAGGCCACGUACCAGUGGGCCUCACCAUGGAUACCCCCAAACCGGGUCUUUUCGCCGCCGGUGAUAUCCGCCAGCAGUCAGCGUCCCAACUGGUGGCAUCGGCCGGCGACGGCGCAACCGCUGCCAUCGCGGCAUUCCGCUACAUCAACUCCAGGCAGUGGUGA